GCCCCGCCCCGCCGCGCCUCACUGGCAGCGCUGUGGCGACCGCGGCGGCGUUGUCCGCUCUCGGAGCCGGCGCAAAUCCGGCCCCCGGCGGCUGGAUCCGGGUGGGUAUCAGAGCCUGGCUCGGGCCGUGGGGCCAGGAUCCCUGACGCCCCCUCGGGACUGGACGACGCCUCUUGGCGGAGCCGGGGUGGUCGUGACGAGCCCUGCCUGGGCCGCAGAGUGCAGAGGAUGGAAACACGCACCCAGCAAUGUCUCUGGGCCGCCUCCUUCGCCGCGCCUCCUCCAAAGCCUCAGACCUCCUGACCCUCACCCCCAGUGGCAGUGGUGGGUCCCCCUCUGUCCUGGAUGGAGAGAUCAUCUAUUCCAAGAACAAUGUCUGUGUGCACCCGCCCGAGGGGCUGCAGGGCCUGGGGGAGCAUCACCCAGGGUACCUCUGCUUGUACAUGGAGAAGGACGAAUUGCUGGGCACCACCCUGAUCCUGGCGUGGGUCCCCAACACCCGCAUCCAGAGGCAGGACGAGGAGGCCCUGCGCUACAUCACCCCCGAGAGCUCCCCCGUGCGCAAGGCCCUGCACUCUCGGCGCCACCGCACCCUGAGCACGGGGGUCGCCCACCAGGCCUCCCCCAUGGAGCCGAGGCCCACCCUGAUCCCCCAAGAGGAGGACAUCCCGGCGGUGGCCCAGAGCGUCCAGGAUGCCGUGCACAUCAGCCCUUCACCCGAGAACAGGGAGAAGCUGGCCCCGGGCCCUGGGGUGGACAGUCCCCUCCCUGCCUCACAGCCCGCCCACAGCGACUCCGGGAUCCUGUCUGCAGUCAGUUCGCAGGACGGGACCGAGGAGGGCCGGGAGCCUCGGCUGGAGGCUGGGGAGGAGGAGGGCUCCCUGGAGCUGUCGGCCGAUGGCGUCAGCAGGGACAGCUCCUUCGACUCUGACUCGGAUGCCUUCUCUUCCCCAUUCUGCCUGUCGCCCGUCAGCGCGGCCCUGGCGGAGGGCAGCAGCUCGGCAUUCCUGGAGAGUGAGGGCAGUUCCCCCUCCAGCUCUGAUGCCAACUUGAGGUUCUUGGAGGGCACCGGCCCCCUGCAGACCCCGCGCUGGGAAGAGCCACAGCGGAGCUGCGCGCUGGAGCAGAUCUGUGGUGUGUUCCGCGUGGACCUGGGGCACAUGCGCUCCCUGCGCCUCUUCUUCAGUGACGAGGCCUGCACCAGCGGCCAGCUGGUGGUCGCCAGCCGAGAGAGCCAGUACAAAGUCUUCCACUUCCACCAUGGCGGCCUGGACAAGCUGUGCGAGGUGUUCCAGCAGUGGAAGUUCUGCGCCGAGACGCACCUGCGAGACCAGCAGGUCUCAGAUGAACGGACGUGCAUGCAGUUCUCCAUCCGACGGCCCAAGCUGCCAUCCUCGGAGACACACCCCGAGGAGAGCUCCUACCGAAGGCUGGAUGUCUCCACCUGGCUCAGCCACCUGAACGAGCUGGGCCAGGUGGAGGAGGAGUACAAGCUGCGCAAGGCCAUUUUCUUUGGCGGCAUUGACGUGUCGAUCCGGGGAGAGGUCUGGCCCUUCCUGCUGCGCUAUUACAGCCCCGAGUCCACGUCGGAGGAGCGGGAGGCACUGAGGGUGCAGAAGCGAAAGGAAUACAAGGAGAUCCAGCAGAAGAGGCUCUCCAUGUCUCCUGAAGAGCACAGAGCCUUCUGGCGGAAUGUGCAGUUCACCGUGGACAAAGAUGUGGUCCGCACAGAUCGGAGCAACCAGUUCUUCCGAGGGGAAGACAACCCCAACGUGGAGAGCAUGAGGAGGAUCCUACUGAACUAUGCUGUGUACAACCCGACCAUCGGCUACUCCCAGGGGAUGUCGGACCUGGUGGCGCCCAUCCUGGCCGAGGUCCUGGAUGAGUCUGACACCUUCUGGUGCUUUGUUGGCCUGAUGCAGAACACGAUCUUUGUCAGCUCUCCCCGGGACGAGGACAUGGAAAAACAGCUGCUCUACCUGCGGGAGCUGCUGCGGCUGACACACCUGCGCUUCUACCAGCACCUGGUGUCGCUGGGCGAGGACGGCCUGCAGAUGCUCUUCUGCCACCGCUGGCUGCUGCUGUGCUUCAAGCGCGAGUUCCCUGAGGCCGAGGCCCUGCACAUCUGGGAGGCCUGCUGGGCCCACUACCAGACGGAUUAUUUCCACCUCUUCAUCUGUGUGGCUAUUGUGGCCAUCUAUGGGGACGAUGUCAUCGAGCAGCAGCUUGCCACGGACCAGAUGCUCCUGCACUUCGGCAACCUGGCUAUGCACAUGAACGGGGAGCUGGUGCUCAGGAAGGCCAGGAGUCUGCUGUAUCAGUUCCGCCUCCUGCCGCGCAUCCCCUGCAGGCUGCACGACCUGUGCAAGCUCUGCGGGACAGGCAUGUGGGACAGCGGGUACAUGCCUGCUGUGGAGUGUGCUGGCCACCACCCGGGCUCCGAGAGCUGUCCCUACGGGGGCACCGUGGACGUGCCGUCACCCAGACCCCCGAGCGAUGGCAAGAAGGGCCCAAAGACAUCUCGGGAAGGCUUUGGCUUCCGCAGAUAGGAGCUGCUGCCUGCUCAGGACGAGGGGGAGGCAGGCGCCACAAGGAGACGUCUGCCGGAAGAGUUCGGAGACUCUCCUGAGGUCAAGAGCAGCGUUAGGAACAGGACUGUCCGGGUCAGCAUUGUGCCUCGGGGAGGGGAGGCACCUGCCCACGUGCCACAGCCAGGGGCUUGGCACUCAUCGGAUGCCACCUCUUGGUUGGGACCUUCACCUAAGGACCUGAGGUGUUGUUUACAGUUAGCCCCACCAAAUACAGCAGCCAACUGGGGACUGAAAGGGCCGUGGCAUUGUGUGUGUGUGUGUGUGUGUGUGCGCGUGUGUGUGCAAUAUUAAGUGACCAGCCAAGACCAGACACCUGAGCUGGCUGGGGAGGCCGGGCCACCUUCCUCAGGACUGCAGCCUCUGCUCGAACACGGACCUCCCAUCAGGCAGCUUCUGAGGCGGCUGGGCACAAAAGGCCGCUGUCAAAGAGCAGCGCACAGGGCUCUCUGCUUCUGGGUGGGAACAAGACUUCAAACAAGACUCCAAAAGGCUGAGUGUCACUCACUGCUCCUGGGAGUGAGGGAUGGAGUGGACAGACGAGACUCUUGACAAGACAUGCGUGGAAAGCCACAGCUGAGGCGGCUGGGAGCGGGGAGCUUGGAGCCCUCUACAGGUGUCACUGGGAGCAGGGGUUCCUCCUACGCUCUGCUCUGUCAUGGAAGGGUACGGGCACUGCUGGACGGUGCCACUUUUAAAAAUAUUUGUCAACAGGAAGAGGGGUCCUGGCACCAGCCCUGCCUUCCAUGUUCGCUAUGAGCUUGGUCCUCUCCACAGGAGCCUUCAAGUUCCCAGGUCCCUCUGACCAAGAGCCCUGGGGUUGGGGGGCUAUUGAGGAGCCCUGUCAUUGUGCAGAACUUGCCCUGUUGGUCUUUGUGAUCCGGCAGCGGUGGUCCUGAGAGAUGGGAUUCUCAUCUACUUUGCUUUGGGAAGAGGAUUGUUGGCUCCUGAUCCUCGGGGACUUAGAGUUAACCAGGCCUGAACUGCCCCAGGCCUCUGGAAGCCGGACCCUGGAAGCAGGUAUAUUAUCAGCCAUCCCUUCCCACAGUGGUACAGUACAGCAAAUAACCCAAGAACUUGGUGACCUAGAGCCGUACACACUUAGCUCACACACAGGUUUGCUGGUCAGAGCCCCAGCUGGGCAGUUCCGGUCUUGGUUGGACUUGCUCAGCCCUAAAGUCCUGCCGACCCUGGGGUCUCAAGUAGGUCUCUUGCAUCCCUGCCGCUGGCCAGCCCUGCUGGGGACGUGCCUUCCAAGCCGUGUGACACCACACCUGCUGACAUCGCUGUGGUUAAAGCAGACUCGUCGCUGGCCUCGGCGUCCUGGGGUGGGGCAUGGACCCUCCCCUCCAGUGUCCCCUCUGCACGGUCAUGUGGGCAAAGCCUAAGAAUCUGCAAGAGAGGGGGCUGGGAUUGCUGUUACAAUCCCUUACCACUGCCAGGAAGUCUUGGUCCAAAUGCCACUGUCCCUUGUCACUCCUUGCCGGAGAGGAGGAGCGGUUUCCUGCCCUCCCCUCCCCAUACCUCCGGCCGGUGUUUCAGCCUCACACCUUGUGCCUUUGGGCUGCUGGUCAGUCAGUCGUCAGUCCAGUCGGGAGAAGGCUGUUGGGAGGGGAGCAGGUCCCGGGUGAAAGCCUCCAUCGUUUCUCCGCCUCCUCAGUUCCUCCCUGGCAGCUCCCCAGCCCUGCCCCAGACCCGCCAGCUGCGUCCUCACCUGGUGUCACCCUGCCCCUCACCCUCCCUGUGGCCGGCACAGAUCCAGGGGACAUCUGCACCUGUGGGCCAACCAGGGUCUUGGAAGCCAGACCUGGGAGUGUCGGCUGGAGGAACCCUGCUGGGGGCGGCGGACAGAGAUGCCCUCCUUCACACAGCUCCCUUAAUCUGGAUGCAAUUAGAGGAAACCAGCCAAAAACCCUGCGGCAGCUGUUACCCCAGGAUUAUUCCCAGCCAGCAAAAGGCAUUAGGGUGAUAAUUCAGUCAUUAGACUCCAAGCCUUCGCACUGCCAGGACGUGCAAAUAGGGGGUAAUCAGCCCAGCACUGCCGUCCUCGGCGAUGCUGCUUAUUUAACCCAUUUUUUAAAAUGACACUUAAUGUUAUUGGCUGGCGCGCGUGUGUGCGCAUACUUACAAGUCAGUGCUCGGUCCAGCCCCACCACUAAUGUCUGUGCUGACAGUGUUGCGUGAUGUCAUCCGGGGCCUCGGGGCCGAGAGGGCACCUUUGAUGUGUGUGUGCAGGCCUAGCGGGGCCUUGAUGCCUGCUGCCACCCAGGGAGGUCCUGCUGACUUCAGGCUCAGCCUCCCAGGGAGAGGGGACCAUGCUGGGGGUCAAGAGGGGGACACACCCGCAGGAAAUGGCUGAGCCCUGUGACUGGGCCAGAAGGGUGUCUUCCCAGGGUGCGGGGGGCACAGUGCUCUUUGGGAAGGUUCCGCCUCAAGUCCCAGCCAGGAGGACUCACCCAGCUCACCUCUGCAGAGGAGCAGGGUCUGGAGUCCACCCAGGCAGCCUUGGGCCUGGACAUUGUCCAUGCCACAUCCUCCUGACCAGCUGAGCCUCAGGCAGGAGGGAGGCUGUUAAAUCUCAGAGUCCGGAGCUCAGCCUCAGAGCCCAUGCCACACCCUGCUGGGUGGGAGGCCAUGGGCUAUGAAAUAGGGGCUUCCCUUUGCCUUGGAUUGUGGCAGAGGACACCUACUUCACGCCUUAGAUAGGUGGCCCUGGAGUGGGGAGGUGGCCACAGAGAAGUGGGGCGAGGGCUAGUUGGGGGCUCAGUUCCUGCGCGGUCCCUCUGCGCACUUGCCUGCCAGAAAUGCCUUGGGGAAGGGAGCCCUGGGGAAGUGGGCCAGCUCGGCCAGCCCUGCGAGGCCUCACUCUUGUCCAGGCUCCUUGGCUCCCUGCGUGGAGAGUGAGGGGCUGGGGACAGCCUGGGCUCACCAGGAAGAGGAAAAGAAUCAGCUUCAGUGUGUGUGUCCAGAAAAGGACCCCGGAGGCUGCCCUGCCUUGGAAGGGGGCAGAGAGGGCCCCCAGGAAAACUCGCACAGUACUCGGGGAUGCAACCUGGGGCACAGGUGGGACUGGCUGCUAGGCUGCUGGGCUGCUGGGCUGCUGGGCUGCUGGGCUGCUGGGCUGCUGGGCUGCUGGGCUGGGCCCACCCAUCCCUGCAGUCCCUGGGAAUAGACAACCCUAGGAUCCAGUGAGCCCUGGGCUCUAACCUGGCCACAGACACUUCUGUCCUGGGCCACCCUGGCCUGGACAGAAAUGCCUCAGUCUAAAGCCAGUUUCCCCUAAAUUCCUCCCCAGAGCCGAGAAGCAGCACUAGGCAGAGGGAGGAGCUCAUCCCAGGGGUCCAGGACCUGGCCUCCAGCUGCUGCCAACCCUCCCUGGUGUGUGGCCUUCUGCCUCUCCCAGUCUGUUUCCUCACCUGUGAAGCAAGAAUAAGGCACCGCUAGGCUGUCUCAGGGCUGCCAGGGGGACCCUUGGGGUACAAGCCACCAGGCGGAUGGUUACCUCAGGCUAGGACCUCACCUGGCGCUCAGGGAAGAGACCACUGGCCUUAGCCUUCAGUAGCACUGCCCACUCGGGCCACAUGCGCUAGGUGGCUUGCAGUCUGCACGCCCCUGUCCCUCCUAUGUGCCCGUCUUACUGUGUGUCUUCUGCCAAGGGCAAAGCUCUCUGCCUGGUCUUCGAAGUUCACUCUAUGCCAGUCAUUCCUGCCACAGAGAAAUCAGCCACAAACCUGCUCAGUGAGCCUGACGCGUGUCCCCGUGUGUCCUCCGGAUCUGACCCCCUCAGAGCUUAGUGACCAGGAGGAGGACGUGCCUGGGCCUCCCUGAGCAGAAAGACAUGCAAACAGCCUGCCACCACCCAGCGUUUUAAACACGCUGCCUUGUACGUCCAGGCUGGACGGUAGCACUCCACAUCCUGAGAGGGAUCAGGCCCUGUGACCAUCUUUCCUCUGGUGCUUUGUGGGUAGAGAGUUAUUUAAAGGAAGUCUCACGAAAUUUUCACCAUUCCCGAGAGAUUUGUGAUGUCUACGGCAAGUGACUCAUUCUCUGUGUUCUGCUUUGUUUUUUAACAAUAAUCAUCCAGUAGUCAGGCCCAGGACUGGUCCCAUGAACCUUGUGAGCCAUGGCCCCAGCAGUGCUUCUGGCUUUCAUGGAUUCCACUGCAGAGAAAAUAAAAUCAUUGACAACGAGUGUA